AUGAAUUUAUACCUCAUCCUGACCGCUGCGGCCUUAUUUGGAGCUUUUCCGAGCUUAGAUGCGGCACCAAGAGAGGAUGCUAGCAAAGCAUCAGCCCGUAGGCCAGAUGUAAUUCCCAGUGGAGGGGCUGGAGGACAAUUCCGCGGAGGAGAACCAUUCAGAGGCCCAGAAGGUCAAUUCCACGGAGGAGCCGGAGGACAAUUCCACGGAGGCCCACGAGGACAGUUUCACGAAGGACUAGAAGAAGAACCAUUCAGAGAAUUUGGUGGACAAUUCCACGGAGGAGCUGGAGGACAAUUCCGUGGAGGCCCCAGAGGACAGUUCCACAACGGACUAGGAGGAGAACCAUUCAGAGGCCCAGAAGGUCAAUUCCACGGAGGAGCCGGAGGACAAUUCCGCGGAGGCCCAAGAGGACAGUUUCACCAAGGACUAGGAGAAGAACCAUUUCGGGGCCCAGAAGGACAACUCCACGGAAUUCCAGGUGGACAAUUCCACGAAGGUCCGAAAGGACAGUUCCACGACGGACUAGGAGAAGGACCAUUCAGAGGCUCAGGAGGACAGUUCCACGGAGCACCAAGAGGAGAGCCAUUCAGACCUGGAGGAAACACGCACAGCAGUGUUGGUAGUGAUCAGGAGAGGCAAUCAAGCCGUAUAGUUUCCCCUUCCGUAUAA